UCUUAAAACGCUGUGUCUGCCCGCGAGAAGUCACCGUGUGCUGCUCUAUAUAAAAGAGAGUUAGGCCCGCGCGUGAGGUUCUAUUAGAACAGACCAACGGAGACGCAAAUAUCUUCACACAGGAACUGCAAAACACAACAGCAUGGAAGACAGCAUGGCAUCCGAAAUGGACAUGGGGCCAAUCCGGCCACAGAACUUCUUAUUCGCCUGUGAACUGAAGGCGGCAAAAGAAUUCAAAUUUAAUCCCGAUGAAAACGGAAGUGAGCACCAGCUGUCCCUUCGAACGGUAUGCGUGGAUGGGAGCACGAAAGAUGAGCUGCAUGUGGUUGAGGUUGAGGGGUUGAACGCCGAAGGUGAACAAAUCAAAGCUACGCUGGCAGCACUGAAACCAUCCGUCCAUCCCACAGUGUCUCUUGGCGGCUUCGAGAUCACGCCCCCUGUUGUGUUCAGAUUGAAGAAAGGCUCGGGUCCCAUCCACAUCAGCGGCCAGCACCUUGUUGCUCUAGAUAAUGACAUGUCCUCUGAUGAAGACGAUGAGGAUGAGGAGGAAAUGGAGGACUACAAGACCGCGAUUAAGAGGCCAGCAAACGUGCAGGCAACUAAAACAAUUCAGAAAAAAAUGAAAUUGGAGGAGGAGGAUGAAGAUGAGGAGGAUGACGAUGAUUAUGACGAAGAGGAUGAUGAGGAUGAUGAUGAUGAUGAAGAGGAUGAUGAUGACGAUGAGGAGACUCCAGUUAAGACCAAGCCCCCACAGAAAACCCCAACAAAGGGAGCUCCCAAAGAGAAUGGCAAGCAGUCCAAACCUUCAACACCAGCACAAAAACAGGAACCUAAGACACCAGAUGGCAAAGGAAAGCAAGGCCCGAAGCCCAAGACCCCAAAGUCUCCAAAAGGUCCAAUGAGUAUAUCGGCUAUUAAGGAGAAGAUGCAGUCUACCUUUAAGGGUGGUAGCCUUCCAAAAGUUGAAACCAAAUUUGAGAACUUCGUAAAGAACUGCUUCAAAGUGGAGGACCAGAAGAUUAUUCAGGAUCUUUGGAAAUGGAGACAGACACUUGUGGAGAAGAAAUAACCUGUGUUUUAGCCUCUUUUUUAUUUCUCGUAUUUCUUGGAUGUCUUUUGCUCCUGUUCUGGUCUGAAUCCUAUCUCAAUCCGUGCCAAGGCUCCAGGUUCAAGUCUGAAUGCCUGUGUGGUAGAAGAAUUUCUAGCCUGCCUUUUGCACAGUUUUAAAUGAUAUGAAUGGUGUGCUUUUUUUGUGUUUUUUUGAAAGGGAGCACAGUCUAAGGCAGCAAAACAGUUGGAUUAUUUUGCAAAAAAGCUAAAAUAAAAAUAAAAAUUGAAAACUAAA